AAUCAGAGAGCCUCUCGCUUCUCUCAAUGGCAGUGUUUACAUGAAACUUGGCGUCACGAAGAUAUUUUUUUCAAAACAUUACUUCAUUCUGCUCUCUGAAAGCCCCUUUUCUUCAUGAUUUUUGGAGUUUUGUAUACCACCAAAGCUUCUACAAUCAUAAUAAAUGUUGUGUUACUGGCUCUGGUGAUAAUUUCGUGGACCUACACUAUCAUAGCAGGUGUGGCCAUAGCAAGACGACAACUGGGUGCUUACGAUUCAUACCCUGAACAGCAGACCUAAAGAUGGGGAAAGGAAAGGAUAAAAACCUAGGGAGCCCAAAGAGGAGCGUAGACAGCCCAAAAUCCCCCAAGAUGCGAGGAAGCGACUCUUCGCCGUCAUUCAAGCGAGAGCAGCUGCUGAGGACAGAGCCAUUCCCUCCCAUCAGUGUCACCCCUUAUCCCCUUUCAACAUCCACUGAAAUGGCCAUGGCCAUGAGUUCAGAAGCUCAGGCAUUGCAGGAUCGAGUGAAGGUCUUGUCCGACUUGGUACGUGAGCUACAGAAAGCUAGAGAUGAAAAUGUUUCUCAUAUGAACACCAUGAAUUCCUUUUCGGAUAAAAUUAUUAGUGAAGAGAAAUUGACCAUACAAAAUCGGGGUAAAUUGAAGGUGAUGUAUGAAAAAGCUGUAGGAGAUGCGGAGAAAGAGGUUGGUUUGAUGAAGAAAGCUCUGCACACCGUCUACCAGAUCCGCAGCAUUCGACACGACCUGCGGAUACAAGCCAAGAACUCGGGGAACAAAGAAACUAUCCGCAGGGGAGCGCUGAUGAAGAUGUUGCUGAACUGCGCCCAGACCCUGCCCCUCUGGAUCGGCAACUCCAUGGAGAAGCCGCCCCCUCUCUGUGGAGCCAUCCCUCCGGAGCAGAACUAUGUGGCCAAGGUGAACGACAUGGUGGCCUGCUUGGUGCGAGGCAGCGAAGGUGAGGACAACUGGAUCCUGGCUGAGGUGGUAAGCUACAACACCUCCACCAACAAAUAUGAGGUAGACGACAUUGAUGAGGAACAGAAGGAACGGCACACACUCAGCCGGCGGAGGGUCUACCCGCUGCCUCUGAUGCGCGCUAAUCCUGAGGUCAAUCCAGAGGCACUGUAUCCUAAGGGAUCCAUAGUCAUGGCAUUAUACCCCCAGACGACCUGCUUCUAUAAAGCAGUGAUCAAUCGCCUGCCAACUCUCGCCACAGAGGAGUACGAGGUCCUUUUCGAAGAUCCCUCGUAUGCAGAUGGUUAUUCUCCCCCGUUGAUGGUUGCACAGAGAUACGUUAUUCAGAUUAAGGAAGUCAGUAAGAAGAAGUGAAGCUUGACUUAUGGAUAUAUUUUAUUUGUCUUUUGGAGUCUUUCCGGCAGAAGUCUAUCUGUGUGCAUGUUGUCAAGGAUGCAAUGAUAAUAUAGUGGGAAAGGAUGGCAAAAUGGUUCACGUUAUGUCUGAUACGUUUAUGUGAUUUGUAAAAGAACAGUUUGUUUUAAUAUUUGAUACAUAUCAUGUAAAAAACAGAUUUGUGUUUCUUACACAAACAGAAAAAGACUUGCCAUUUAUGCUCUCUGAAGAGGUCUUGCCACAUAUCCAAUUUCCAAGUUAUCUCUUUCAUAAUUCAUAUACUUUUGUUGUGUAGAUGAAUGCAACUUUUUGAAAAAUCAUAUUGUAACUGAUGUAUAAAGUUUAUUUUUUCUGUAAUAUUUAUUUCAUAUCAA